AUGGAGGAACAUUCUGGUGGUCGGCGGCCCAGAACUACUCGUCAACAUUUUCACCCUUACGCUGAGUAUCAGAAUGCGCAUAUUCCCUCUAGCUGGAAAAAGGAAACCACUACAAGUGAUCUGGAAGUCAUGGUCCUCGCCAAUGCAUCUCACGAUCACCUCGUUGCAGCUGGUAAUCCCGCUUAUUUGCAUCUUUUGAAUCAAUACCUUACACUAGAAAACUAUCUUCAAACAGCUCUGUAUUCCCAGCCACGUCAACAGUCCUUGCAGUACAAGCAUCCUAUUAGCAUGCUACAAACACCCUCAACUUCCCCUCCAAGAUAUAUAGAGUCACUGGACCCCGCUGAACCGCUGAACCUUGCGCCCGUCUCGCAUUCUCCUAGUCAUUCUGGACCUGCACUGCCUACUGCUAUCUACCAUCCAUCCACAGCUAAUAACUCUGCUUCAUCAAAAGACCAUUCAUCAGUUGAAUACGAACACUCCAGAUCUGCCCCUUCCCUUCCGAACUCCAAGUCUUCUGCCCACGCACAAGAAAGCCUUUCUUCGCCCAGUCCAUUCACCAAAACAGCCGGAUCGAGACUUUCUUUUACUUCUAAAGCAAAUCCAAAACACUCUGACGCUCCUCCGCAACGACAACAACCUCUCUCAACUUCUCGACGUAAUCCUACGCCGUAUCUCAUCGAUAUGAUGGAAGGAGCCGUCAUCCACUCCCUUGAACAAAACCAUUCUCAUAUCUCCCCUUCAUUCCUAUCUGUUCUGAGUCUCCGUGCUUCUCUCGGAAUGACAGUCUUCCUCAAUGUAUCUGUGCUUAAAGUUCCGUCCGCAGGUGAAGAUAGCAACUACCUCACUCAUCCACCUUUUCCUUUUACUGUCACAGAAGAUCCAGCCACUUGUGAAGUUGUGCUUGGCCGUGACUGGAUCGAUUUUGCUCUUGCGUUCGCCAAAUCUCUCCGGAUUACCUUCGCAUCAAACACCUUCGAGGGGCGUGAGCAGUCCCGACAGAGCGGUGAAUCAUCUCUUCUACCAUCCUACAUAGCAUCGUCCUCGUCAACGCCCCAAGACCAAAAGCCUCCUUCGCCACCCGCCUCUUCCAAACCCUCAAGCAAGGCGAAAUCUGGUUGCUCUGUUUCUAAAACGAACAAGUCCAAACCUUCCAACACAAAGAAACCACCAUCUGAGUCUCUCAACUCGUCGUCCAACUUCCAGACCAAAAAGUACCCUAAUAUCAAGUACUGGCACGAACACGACUUCCGCGCUGCCCUCUUUGAAUCCACUAAAAUAAAGGGCAACCAUUUCCUCGAGGACGAAAACGGAAAACCCAUACCCUGGUCUCAAAAACGAAUGAUUUAUGCCGAAGUGCAUAAGUUUUGGAUUGAUCUUACCAAAAAGACCCAAGCAGAUGUUCCCCGUUUCCGCGCCGUCUCUGCUGAGACCCUGAAUGAAUACACUCAAUGGAUGGAGGAUGCUUUUCCGUUGUUGGCGAUGUGCGAGGGUCAUUGGAAGUCGAAGAGACUUUGGGUCAAUCGUCUUAGUACUUGGAGAUCAAGUCCAGAGGCAAAGGAGUUAUUGCAAAAGAAAGAGGAAGUAAAGACGAAUAAGGACGUUGACGUGGUCAUCCUCGGUGAUGACCCACAGUCAUAG